CGGUGGAAAUCCUCUCUUCAUUAAAACAAAACAGGUCCACAAAUCGGCGUAACCCUACUCUCAGUUUCUCUUUUUCCGAUCCCUUGGUAGACAUUCUCACCAUCGGGCCGCCAUGCUACAGUCAGGCCUUCUAUUGUGGCCAUGUUCUGCAACUCUAGGUUAUGUCACAUUCAAACAGUUUUGCCAUAAUAAAGCUCCAGUUUUCUCAAGAAAAAUUGCUUUAGGUUUGACUAAUAGACACUCAGUUUCUGAGAUUGCUAAAUGUAACAGUUCAUCAUCCUCUGGUGACACUUCCCAGGAUUCUAAUGGUUAUUCUGACAAGGAAAAGGUGCCCUUUGGAUAUACAAGAAAAGAUGUGCUCCUAAUUGGUGUUGGUCUUACUGUAGCAGGUGUUGGUCUGAAGAGUGGUUUGGAGUUUGCCGGAGUAGAUCCCUUACAGUCUGGGAAUGUAGUGCAGUUGGUGUUAGUCUUGGGACUAACUGUUGGAUGGAUUUUUACUUACAUCUUUAGGGUAUCAAACAAAGACAUGACUUAUGCCCAACAAUUAAGAGACUACGAGAACAAAGUGAUGGAGAAACGGCUGGAGAGUCUCUCUGAAGCUGAAAUGGAGGCACUGCUGGAGCAAGUUGAGGAAGAAAAGAGACUUCUAGCAAACAGAGAGCAAGGCUAAUUUUGUUUUCUUAGAUCAGGGCC